AGUCAAAUAAAGUAAUGAAAGGGGUAUAAACUUAAAUGACAAUGCGACAUUGAGAAAGGACGUAAAUACUGUUGCGAAGGGAAUUCGAGCUAACAUACACUAGUAAAUUAGUGAGAUUUUUGGAUUACAGAAAUUUAUAAAAUAUCAAGGAGGUAACCAAUGAAGCAAGAACUCAAAUGACGUCAUGACGGCUAAUAACCAAUCAGCGCCUGGCUUGUUUGAGAGCUCUAAACUCUAUUCCCUGAUCAACCAAUCAACAAAAAGCUCCAUUCUCGCCGCCAUUAAAUUAUGCGGCCAGCUUAAUAGUGACGACAUCAAGCAACGAUCUGAGGUCGACCUUGCUACAUAUCUACAUUUAGUUGUGUCAAAUGUGCCAAACAUUUGGAGGAAUAACAACGAGGACAUUAAUAUCGUCAUUCCACUCAUCUACCGACUUGCCGUAAAAGGUGUCGCUGUAAAUGCCCAGAAUAGUAGCGGUAAUACGGCGCUCCAUCUUUCCUGCCUGAAGCCCAAAGCGGAACCACUAUGUGAUCAUUUACUGCGUAUAGGUAUUGACCCUUGUUUGCCUAACAAAAAAGGAUGUAGAGUGAUCCAUUCCUACAGAGGCCAUCAUUGUUACAUAGUAAAGAAACAAUCAACCGCAAGAUCGGGACUUUGGAAUGCAAUCGAGCUGGAGGACAAAGAACUUAUAGAGCAGUUUAUGCAAUCGUGGUAUAGGGUCCAAGUUAAACGCAAACAUAAAACACUUAUUGACGUCGCCGAUGAGACAGGCAAUAUUGAGAUUCUAAGAUUGCUGAAGAAAUACACCAUAAGGAACGAGAUCGUCUCAGCAGCGUUUGCCUGUGACGUCGACCUAGUCACGAAAUAUCUAGGCAAGAUAGAUUUCGACCUUAAGGAUCCAUCGUUCAUCAUUCCAAAGCCUUUGUCAGUUGCUCUGAGUGAGGUUGGACCUGUAACCAAAGAUGUUAUCGCCAUACUUCUUAAUAAUGGUAUAGACGAUGGAACAAACUACGCAGAAAAUGUCAAAAACGCAAAGGAAUCCUUCGAGAACUGCGACUUCUACCGAAAGGUCCAACUAUGUGACAAAGAAAGUCUUGAAUGUGCCCUCGAGCUGGUCGAGAAGGAUGAAGUGGAUUUAUUCUCUAGAAGCCACGAGGAAUCCACAUCAGGUUGGACGUUCAUGCAUCUCCUUGUCUCAAAGUACUUAGAGGUUGAUGAGCUAGUCGUUCGGAGAAUGUUGAUCAGACUCGCAUAUAAACUUGCUCUGAAGGGGCUCGAUGUGAAUGCCAGAAACGCUAAGGGUGAUACUCCUCUCGUCAUGGCAGGCGUGCUCGGUGAUCAGACAUUAUCUACCCACAUGGUUCGAAUGGGUGUUGACCCUGGCAGAGCAGCCCCCGAUGGACAGACCGUCAAUGUAGAAAUAUAUGAAGACAAAGGAAAACUUGUCAAAGACAGACGCUACAGACGCAAGGAUCUUCCCGGACUAUGGGUAGCAAUUGAGGAUAACGACGUUGAGAAGACGCUGAGAUGGUUAAAAAGCCAAGCACGCGUAGGCGUAAAAAGAUGCGAUCGUUAUUUGAAGGAUGUCAGCCGUGACUUACGUCACAAUGACGUCACGAAACUGCUGGAAAAAUACGAUCAUAUAAAUGAGUUCGUAACAGCGUGUUACGCGUGUAACCACAAGGGAAUGAUGGCUCAAUUGUCUUUGGGAUCAGGGAAGGAGAAAGUAAAUAUUAAAGAUGAAUAUUUCCACGUGGGAUUUACUGAGGAACGGAAGUCAGAAUGGGUGCAUAGGCCUCUCAUUGUGACGUGUAUGGAAUUGUGCGACGCAUCGGUGGUCGAGUUCCUUAUUCAAUAUGGCGCUGAUCUUACAGUACAGUAUGAAGAAUGUGCUCCCUGUGGUCCGGUGGCCUUCUGGGCGUAUAGGGACGACAUUGAUAACUCCGUCUCCCUUGUUGUUGCCAAUCAAGCUGAUCCAGAUUUGAGAGACGAAUGUGGCUCCACAAUGUUACACAAAGCUGUAAUAAAGAAACAGUAUGAAGGCAAGGCUGACAUCAUCCGGGUUCUUCUAGACCGUGGAAUAAAUCUCGCGGCACGUGACGGGGACGGGAAUACACCACGUGAUCUUCUAGAUAUUCACGAUGUUGAAAAUCGUGACGUUUUAAAACAGCUUAUAGAUGAUUUUGUGCUGGACUUAGUAUCUACUAAUCAAAUAUACAAUCUAGAAAAUUUAAUCCUAGAAGGAUAUGAACAUAUAAACGACAUCGUACACACUCCGAAGAAAAAGAACGCAAAACCUCAAACCGGAAAGGAAAUAGCUCUACUUAAGGAAUACAAAGAGAUCUCUCAGCUUUUAGAUGAACUCGAGGAAUACCAGGAGAUGAUCGCUAACCUACACAAGCAUGCUAGAAAGGGUGAUCUUCGCGCUGUAUCCAAGACAGUUGGUGAAAAAAGGGCCUCCCUUGGCAAGGAUAAAGGUGGUCGAUCUCUGCUUCAUAUCGCUUGCAUGUUCAACCAUCCACCAUUAGUCAAGUUUCUUGUUGAACAAUUCCCACCGCUUCUACACUCGCGAGAUACUUAUCUUCGAACGCCACUACACUACUGCGUGACAGUAAGCGAGGGUGACAGACAGGAGAACUGGCAAACCCUCAUUGCAUUCAACGGCGACCAGAAUUCCAAAGAAGUGAAUGGCCUCUCAGUGUAUGAUUACACUCUGCUUCAAGAGGAACCUAUCGAGACCAAAAGCAAAACCCGUGGUAGACGAGUUCAUGACUUCAGACCGGAUGGUCUAUGCGAACGAGAGAAAGUAAAAAUAUAUGGAGAGCUUGGCGAAAGGUACGGUACAUACCGGAAGUUGGAAAAUGCCAUACGCAAUGAUCUCGCAGUUCCGGAAGUGGAGGCAAUGUUAAAGCAUUUCCAUGGUGAUAUGACCAGAGAUGAUUUAGACAUAAAACUUUUAUUCCUUUGUGUUGAUUGCAAAAGAACGGAGCUAGCGAAAUUCUUCAUCUCAGAAGGUUACAGGACGCAUAUACCAAUGGAGGUCUUGAAACCAGUUCUCGGUGAAGAUGGUGAGGAUUCUGAAGAACAACAGAAAACAAUUACAAUAACGCUGCUAGAGAGUGCCAAAUUACAGGACAUGCCUGAACUUGUCCAGCUCAUCGAAGGAUCGUCUGCUAACAGCAGGGCGCCCUCUGUCGUAGAUACAGUAGAAACUGAUACGCAUGCGCAAGAUGACAAAUCUGAAGUAAAAUCUGAAUCGGGAAUUCAGGCUUAGAUUCGAGUUUAAAAUCAGUCAUUGAAGGAAGUCCGUCCCCUCCAGGAAUUUUACGUUCCACAACAAAGAACUAUUUUGGCAGUAUUUUUUAUGUUUUUCUGUGAUAUCUUUGAUUACAUCAUGAUUUUGAAGUGUGACAAGUUACGAUGAGAACUUUGUUUUUAUAGUUAGUUACAUUGUACAUACUAGUAAAAUAAUAUUUUUGAGAUUUAAAAAAAUGUUUUAAAUUGUGUACAAAUGAUAAAACUGCGAGGAAUUGUGCCUGGUGAAUAAUACAAAUAAAAUAAAAU